AUGCAAAACGAAAGGUUGUAACGUCUCCUCAGAUCCAAAGGCAGCUCCUACAUCACUCAAAAUCCACCCUCCGUCUCCCCCUACUCCAAACCUACUCAGACUUCCACCCUACAACCCAACAAAUAUCUAACCAACUACGCAGUCUAAAAGUUAUAAAAUUAAUCUACUCAUAUUACUAUAACACCCUCCACAGAAAGAAGAAUCAUACCCACUCCAUCCAGACCCCCAAUAGCCUUUGUACCGCAUCAAUCCUCCUCAGUCUCCCCCAUUCGUGUUGUUCAAUUGUCAACUGAAAGAGUCCAACAACCCCAAGAAAUCCAUGAAGUCCAUCACUUUGAGAGACCCAUCCAAGUUGUUGCAGUCGAAGAAAUGGAAUACAAAUACAAAUUCAAAAUACAACAAUUGGAAUAGAUGGUCUAUUAAUUGUAGGUUGAAAAUCAAAGAAUCAAAAUCAACGGAGCCUGUAUUGAAUAAUCAAUACCCAUUGACAACCCCAAUAAAAUUACAGAAUUGGAGAGAAUCAACCACAAUCUAAGACUCUCAGAAGAUAAAUUAAAACUAGAAUUAAAAUAAAUCAAAGAAGAAUUAUAAAUCUGGAAAGAUAGGUAUAGUUAACUACAAAGAUAAUCAUCAAAUCAAAUUGGAUUCAAUGAAGAGUUGCGUCAAUUGAAAAAAUAAAUAAUGUAAUUGGAAGAGGACAAUAACGAUUUGCAAUUGCAUCUCAGAGACAAAGACCAAGAAAUCUUGAAGCUAAGAACCAUCUUAAAUGAAAAGGAUGAUAUCAUUGAUCAACUUAACGAUUAAAUCCAAGAACUCUAGAUAAUUCAAGAAAACUACAGUCGCGUUGAAACCACCCUAAUAUCCCUACAAGGCGAGGUUGAUGUUUGGAGGAAGAAGUUCAAAGAAAAAAACGAGGAGGCUUCAGAGUUGAGUGAAAAACUAAUCAUGGCUGAAACAUCUCUGGAAGCUAUGAAGAAGAGAUAAGUUGUACAAGUCAAAGAAGUUAACGUUACUAAAACUAGUAACAAUAAAAUUGGCAAUUCUAUGGCAUAAUCUAUUGAAGCCCCAGGAAGAUUUUCGACUAAUCGUGGAUCUCAUUAUUCAAAUAAACAAUAAACUUGA